GUAUGAAAAUAAUAAGAGUAGGUAAGAUCAUCAACAUCCUUCCUUUGGUCAAAAGUAUCGAGUCACGAAUCUGUUUCAAACCAAACCCAGAACACAAGCCCUCUUUUCUCCCUAUCAUCAUCAUCAAUCAUCAACGCUCCUUUUGCUGCCUGUCAUCAGAUUUUGUGAAACGGAAAUAGGAAAAAUGCCAACAUCAUCAUCAGUUGAAGCAAAGAUUGCACCCUCGAUGCUAUCUUCAGAUUUCGCCAAUCUUGCAUCGGAAGCUGAACGGAUGGUCAGCUUUGGUGCUGAUUGGCUUCACAUGGAUAUCAUGGAUGGUCAUUUUGUUCCAAAUCUAACAAUAGGUGCUCCUGUCAUUGAAAGUUUGAGAAAACACACCAAAGCGUAUUUGGAUUGCCACCUUAUGGUAACAAAUCCUAUUGAUUAUGUUGAUGUAUUUGGGAAAGCCGGUGCUUCAGGUUUCACUUUUCAUGUAGAGGUGUCCAAAGAUAAUUGGCAAGAACUUGUUAAAAGAAUUAAGUCCAAGGGUAUGCGGCCUGGCGUGGCAUUAAAGCCAGGAACACCCGUUCAAGAAGUGUAUCCCCUGCUUGAAGGGGCAGAUCCUGUUGAAAUGGUUCUUGUUAUGACUGUGGAACCUGGAUUUGGUGGGCAAAAGUUCAUGCCUGAUAUGAUGAAUAAGGUACGCACGCUGAGAGAAAGGUAUCCGACACUUGAUAUAGAGGUAGAUGGUGGUCUAGGCCCUUCAACCAUUGAUGCAGCUGCUGCUGCUGGUGCAAACUGUAUUGUUGCCGGCAGUUCAGUAUUUGGAGCUCCAGAACCAGCUCAAGUUAUAUCUCUACUGAGAUCAAGCGUAAACAAGGCGCAGAAGUCUGGUUGAAGCACAUACAAUGAUACAAGUAAUAAACUUUCUAAGUGAGUGAGGUUUCGGUCCCCGAGACAUGAUAAAUUUCUGAGUUGCUGGUUUUCUUUUGUUCCAUACGUGGUGCGCUCAUUGUACUAUUGUACUGUAUAUGUAAAGUUUUUGAUUGAUUCGUCAAAUAAUCAUAAUUAUUGCUUAA